AAAAGUCAGCAAGUGCAGGGAGAGAGGAGCAGCAGAAAAAGGCAGUGUGGGGAAGCGGAGGAAGCAAGGAGAAAGGAGCAGCUGUAAGGGCAAGAAAGUGAGAGAGGAGAAGAGAAAAGGCAAAAGGAGGCAGCAACAGUCUUGGGUCAAAAGAGGAGAAACAAGGAGUAGACAGGCUACAAAAUGGCAUUGCUCCUGUGGCUGGGGUCCCAGCUGUCAUCCAUCUGGAGCAACAUCUCUAUACUGGGAGUCUUUCUUACAGUGUUUACUUUACUGCUUGACUUCAUGAAGCGCAGAAAGAAGUGGAGCCGUUACCCGCCGGGCCCAGCCUCGCUGCCAUUCAUCGGGACCAUGUUCUCCAUUGACUUCCACAACCCUCACCGCUCCUUCGGCCAGCUUCAGAAGAAGUUUGGAAACAUCUUCAGUCUCCAGAACUGCUGGACCAACGUGGUAGUGCUGAAUGGGUAUAAAACAGUGAAGGAAGCCCUGGUCCACAAAUCAGAGGACUUUGCUGACCGGCCGCACUUUCCAAUAUACGAACAUGUGGGCUAUAGAAAGAAUUGUGAAGGGAUUGUUGUAGCAAGAUAUGGGCACGUCUGGAAGGAGCUAAGGAGAUUUGCACUCUCUACGCUGAGGAACUUUGGGAUGGGAAAGAAAUCCCUGGAGGAGCGAGUGGUAGAGGAAGCUGGAUUUCUUUGUUCUGAAAUCAAGUCUGAAGAAGGUAAAUCUUUUGAUAUACAUGUUCCCUUAAAUAAUGCUGUCUGCAACAUGAUCUGCCACAUUGUCUUUGGAGACCGUUUUGACUAUGGUGAUGAGACAUUCAAGAAGCUGUCACGGUUAUUUCAAAAUUCCUUGGAUGAAGAAACUGGAUUCUUGCCCCAGCUUCUUAACGUGGUGCCCAUUUUGGUGCGGAUCCCUGGAGUGGCACAGAACAUCUUUCGAGCCCAAAAGGAGUUCAUGGACUUCAUAGAUGUGGCCAUUGAUAAACAUGUGAAGACCUGGGACCCUGCUUACACCCGAGAUAUCACGGAUGUAUUUUUAAAGGAAAUGGAGAAGGGUAAGGCAGCUGAAGAGAAUGGUUUCCACUAUAACAACCUUCGUCUGGUUGUUGCAGAUUUGUUUAUAGCUGGUUCUGAGACCACCUCCACCACUCUCCGGUGGGCAUUGCUGUACAUGCUUCUCCAUCCAGAAAUACAGAGUAAGGUCCAGGCAGAGAUUGAUAGAGUGAUUGGCAGAGAGAGACCGCCCAGCAUGAUGGACCAAGCAAGCAUGCCUUACACUAAUGCUGUGAUCCAUGAAGUGCAACGCUGUGGGGAUAUUGUUCCUGUUGGGCUACCUCACAUGACAUACCGGGACACCGAGUUGCAAGGCUUCUUUAUUCCCAAGGGGACGACAAUCAUCACCAACUUGUCUUCGGUGCUGAAGGAUGAGACAGUCUGGGAGAAACCAAACGAGUUUUACCCCGAACACUUCCUGGAUGCAAAGGGGCAGUUUGUGAAACCAGAGGCCUUCCUGCCCUUCUCAGCAGGUCGCCGUGCCUGUCCGGGAGAACAGAUGGCCAGGAUGGAGCUCUUUCUCUUCUUUACCACUCUCCUGCAGAAAUUCACUUUUGUGCUCCCUGAGGACCAGCCCAGGCCACAGCAGGACGGUCACUUUGCACUCACCAACUCUCCACACCCAUACCUGCUGCGAGCUCUCCCAAGAUAGGUGCACACCACUCCCCUUUCACUGACAGACCACCACCGCCCAAACCCUGUCAGGAGCAUUGCAGCUCUAGGCAGGAUCAUGCCUCGUUCAAUCUCAAGUCUCUGCAGAAGCCACAGCUGUGUAAAGUAAGGAUCUAGGCCAGUAUCUUGUUGAGCUUAAUUCCAAUUGUGCUUCUUGAAUCAGACAAGAGACCUUCAGCUUCAACAACAAAGUGACAUUACAAUGUAGUUUCAGCAUAGUGCUUCUGGAAAAUCUUACCAUCCAGGACAUUCAUGUCCCCUUCAUUCCUUCCUGUUUAUUACACACUUCUGUGUGUUGAACAAAUAUUGCACUGUCUUCAUUUCUAGCCUCAAAGAAAGUAAGUUUUAAUCCUGACAGCCCUUAUGUCACACUAUGUCUCCAGUAGGAGUAAAUACCAAGGAGUACAUAAAUAAUCCAGAUGGUGUUUUAGCCACAGAAGAAGGUAAUUUGUGAAAUACAGAAAUUUCCAUAAAUACAUUUAAAGAGAAAUCCUGGUGUUUAGAUUUAUUAUCUCCUUCAAUUAAUUUUUUUUUUUAAAUUUUUGGCAUUACAUAAAGUCAGCUCUUGAGCAUGUUUGGAACUCACCUUGGGAUGGAGUUAACACUGUUUGAAACUGUAUGGCCACAGAUUUCAGAGCUGCCUCUCUCUUCUUGCAAUAUCCCUGACAAAUUGUUUGCAAGAUAUAAAGAUAUGUUGUUGUUUAAAUUAGGAGUAGCCCACUGUCCUGGGGUGACAUUAUGAUGCUUGUAUAUCCCCAUUCAUCUGUUCUGUGCCUUUAAGACCGGCUCUGAAGAGUGGAAGUUUUGUUUGGGUUUCUCUUAUCAGGAACACAGAGACAAGCGGUACAUAAGGCUGUUUUUUCACUUCCAGCUUCAGCUUGCUGCUUUUGCUUGCUCUCUUUUUCUGCUCUGCUUUCCGCCUCUGCUUAUUAGCUAGUUCUAGGUAAAGAGUCCACAUUGCUUCCUGGACUGUUUCUCCUCGCCUGUUUCUGUGACCAUCUCGAACCUGCUCCGGACUGGGACCCGGGAACACCGAAGGUUCGACUGUAGCAGCUGGCCCAGCGCCGGAGGGACGGAGAACAGAGCAACCACCCCCAAAAGAGACUUUCUGAUUUUGCCAUCUUUCUCAAAGCGGUGUCAUCGAGUAUUGUUCUUUUUGUGUGCUGGGGGGUGCUGGGCCAGUCAAAUAAACAGGUUCUUUCCACCUCUCUCCAAGGAAUUUUUUCCCAAACUGGUUGGGGGGAGGGGCCGUGUAGAUUUCGCUUUCUGGAGGGGCCCUCCUUUGCAGAUUCUUUAACAAAUUCGCCCUAAACCAGGAGACCCACUUACCAUAUCUAAAGAGAUAGUAGCACAAAGGAGCUCCUACAUAUAACCACCACUAAAAACUGAUAUCAAGUGCAUGUGUGGAGUAGUAAUUUUGUGCAAUAGUAAUUUUGGAAGCUAUGAAUGCUAUGGAAUUAUGCAUAUACUUACUAACAAAAUUAAGAUCUGAACUUCAGCAGGAACUGCACAUUUGCACAUUUAUGCUUUUCAUCGACAAAAUAACUUGAAAGAAUAAAAGUGAUGUGAAAUCUC